AGACAGACAGAAAGGGUCAGGGCCCCGAAGCAGCCGGACAUUCUGAAAGUGAUUCCCACUUUGACAGUCUCUUCCAAAAGGCCAUAUGUAGCCUGGCACGGAGGGCACAGGUGAUCAGCUCUGUCCUCCGUCAUCCCGACCUGGCCUGGCCCCAAGACAGCAGGAGCCACGGAUCCUGUCACCACUGGCUUAGUGUGAGCUGGGGAACAGGUCUCAGCAUCCAGCUUAUUUGAGCACAGGAAGCAAGCCUUCCUGGAGAAGUGUCAAAGGAGUCAGAUCAUCGACCAGAUGCCCAAGUCCUGAGGCCAUUAGGGUGCUUCGAACCGCUAGCAUCCUCAACAGCACUUCCACCGCACCUUCUUCAGCAGGAUAGGAAGCUGCUAAGCACCACGCCCUUUCUCUGAGGAGAGGUCAUCUUUUCAGACGGCGCUUGCUGACACCACCAUGCCAAGUAGGAUCCCUCUCCAUGCAUUCUGCUGCGUCCUUCUCCCCUGGGCAUUCACCACCUUUCACCAAGCCCUGGGGAAUCCGGCCCCCCAUCCGGGUCCCCACUAUCUCCUGCUCCCCAUCCACGAGGUCAUUCACUCUCGUCGUGGGGCCACGGCCACACUGCCCUGCGUCCUGGGCACCUCGCCUCCCAGCUACAAGGUACGCUGGAGCAAAGUGGAGCCCGGGGAGCUCCGAGAAACGAUAAUCCUCAUCACCAAUGGACUGCACGCCCGAGGCUACGGGCACCUGGGAGGGCGUGCCAGCAUGCGGAGGGGGCAUCGACUGGACGCCUCUCUGGUCAUCAAGAACGUGCGCCUGGAGGACGAGGGCCGGUACCGCUGCGAGCUCAUCAAUGGCAUAGAGGACGAGAGCGUGGCACUGACCCUGCGCCUGGAGGGUGUGGUGUUUCCGUACCAACCCAGUCGGGGUCGCUACCAGUUCAAUUACUUCGAGGCGAAGCAGGCGUGCGAGGAGCAGGACGGACGCCUGGCCACUUAUAGUCAGCUGUACCAGGCGUGGACAGAGGGGCUGGACUGGUGCAACGCCGGCUGGCUGCUGGAGGGCUCGGUGCGCUACCCUGUGCUUAACGCGCGCGCCCCGUGUGGGGGUCAUGGGCGGCCAGGCAUCCGCAGCUACGGGCCCCGCGAUCGCAGCCGUGACCGCUACGACGCCUUCUGCUUCACUUCGGCACUGGCAGGCCAGGUGUUCUUCGUGCCCGGGCGACUGACGCUCUCUGAAGCCCACGCGGCUUGCCGGCGGCGGGGAGCUGUGGUAGCCAAGGUCGGGCACCUCUACGCUGCCUGGAAGUUCUUGGGGCUAGAUCGGUGUGACGGAGGCUGGCUGGCGGACGGCAGCGUUCGCUUCCCCAUCACCACGCCGCGGCCGCGCUGCGGGGGCCUCCCUGACCCUGGGGUGCGCAGCUUCGGCUUCCCCCGGCCCCAGCAGGCGGCCUACGGAACCUACUGCUAUGCCGAGAAGUGAGAACACUGCCCCUGCCAGCUCUACAGCUUGGAGGCUUUGGCCCUGGACCCAAAGCACAUACAGCACGUCUUUAAGGGUUUGUGAUGAGAUGCCAUCAAGAGCUAGGAGAACAGGGAGGAAAGCUUGCAGGCCUGGCCAUCCUCGCGGGAGAAACCGGGCUGUCGUUAGAUCCAGCCAGCCACCCAAAGAUUUCUCAUUCACACUCGCCAGAAGCACUCCAAACUUCCAAAACUGCUGAGGCCUUACAGAACAGACAUCAUUCGGUGGGUCUAAACACACCUUUAAAUGUACUUAGAAGCGUCUCUAAGGCUUGUUUUAAUUAAUUGAUUAGUAAAUUAGUUAAUUAAUUUGAGACAAGGUCUCUCAUUACAGCCCUGGUUGUCCUAUGUCACCAUGUAGACCAGUCUAGCCUUGAACUCACACAGAUCACUCUGCCUCUGUCCCCUGAGUCCUAGGAUCAACCCAGCUAAAGUGUACAAUUAAAGAUAAUAAAGUCCCAGUGGAUAGUUCAGCAGUUAAGAGAACUUGCUGCUCUCUCAGAGGACCACAAACCACAACAUCUGUAACUCCAGCUCCAGGAAAGCCAACACCCUCUUCUGACCUCCCCCGGCACUAGGCAGACACAUGGUUCACAUACAUUCUAUAAUAAAUCCAUUCGAGAAAGAUACAGGCAACCAUGCAGAUGAAGACACACGAGUCCUUUCUUUCUGGCCUGUGAUUGAGGGUAGGUUCGAGUCCCAGUGCAGGUUCCUUAGGGACGUCAAUGUGAGGUGGCAGGGAGAAUGGCCUUGCAACAUUUGUUUUUGGCAGAACAUAGUUAUUCUGUGCAUAACAGCAAUUAUUUUUUUACUUAUACCUUCUUCAUUUAUUAUAAACAUUAAUUAUUUUGGGUAAUACAUUGGGACCAUGGCCAGAGUCAUGGAAAUCCCAAAUGUGUUAGACUUGACUGUUGGAGGUGGUGGGUAGGGGCUGAUAAGUGUUUAAGCAAACACAAGAGGGAGCCAGGACAGGCAGUCUUGUCACUUCACACAUUCGGUUACUUAGGUUACAUUUCAGUCGUUGACUUUGAUGAAGGAGUGGGUGCUGGAACAGCCGGUGAUUUAGGAAGUUCACAAUCAUUAGACAUUGAAAGACAAGGGCAAGCAGAUCCAUGGAGCCAGAGAGUGAGGUGGUUGAUCAUAGAUUCCAGUAAAGCCAGGGAUUAUUGGUCUGUUUUAUUAUUUA